AGUCGGCUCGGGCGAGGCUUGCCCUUCUCUGCCGUCGCCGCCGCUGCUGCUGCUGCUGCUGCUGCUGCUGCUGCUCGAGAUAAGAUGUGGUUGUUAAUCAUCACAGUGAGUUUGGUCCAAGGCCUCGUAACGUCAGGGGCACUUGAGAGGAGAAGAAGAAGUUUAGAUCCAGAAACAGCCAUGAAUGUGAGUGAAAUUAUUGUAUACAGAGGAUAUCCCAGUGAGGAAUAUGAGGUCAUGACAGAUGAUGGGUACAUCCUAUAUAUUAACAGAAUUCCUCAUGGGAAAAUAAGUCAGAAAACCAAGGAACCGAAACCAGUUGUGUUUCUGCAGCAUGGUUUGCUUGCUGAUAGCAGUGUCUGGGUGACCAACCUAGACUACAACAGCCUGGGUUUUGUGCUAGCUGAUGCUGGUUAUGACGUUUGGUUAGGGAACAGCAGAGGAAACACUUGGUCCAGAAAACACGUCAACUAUACCACGAAGCAACAAGAAUUCUGGAUAUUCAGGUAGACACAUUUGCUAAACA